AGCCCCGCCUGCUGCAAGUUUCCAAUUGAGUCUGCGCUCGGAUACUCAGUCUGAGCAGAGGCCUCGAUGCGCUGCGCGUGUAAUGGAGCAUACGCCGUGCGCAUUCUCCAGAACUGAACCGGAGCGAGUAGAGCUACCAGGUCAAUCCUGUUCACUGUGGUAGUAGACUACACAAGGAUAUUGCAAUCCAAGAGGCAGGAAUCACUGAGAGCCAUCUUGGAGGGUGCCACAAGGUUAUAAGAGCAUUCGCCUCACAGUAAUUAAAUACUAUUGCCGUUUUAAGUUGAACAUGGCGGAAGAAGAGGACUAUAUGUCUGAUUCCUUCAUUAAUGUCCAAGAAGAUGUCAGACCAGGUUUGCCAAUGCUGAGGCAAAUCCGAGAAGCCCGUCGAAAAGAAGAAAAGCAACAGGAAGCAAAUGUGAAAAGUAGGCAGAAGAGUUUAAAAGAAGAAGAACAAGAAAGACGUGACAUUGGGUUGAAGAAUGCACUAGGCUGUGAAAACAAAGGGUUUGCUUUGCUCCAAAAGAUGGGAUAUAAAAGUGGUCAGGCUCUUGGCAAAAGUGGAGAUGGUAUUGUUGAACCGAUUCCUCUAAACGUCAAAACAGGGAAAAGUGGCGUUGGUCACGAGACAUUAUUGAAACGGAAAGCAGAGGAAAAAUUAGAAAGCUACAGAAGAAAGAUUCACAUGAAAAACCAAGCUCAAGAAAAAGCUGCAGAACAGUUUCGAAUGCGACUUAAAACUAAGCAAGAUGAAAUGAAGCUAGAAGGAGAUCUUAGAAGAAGCCAGCGAGCCUGUCAACAAUUGGAUGCCCAGAAAAAUAUUCAGGUUCCCAGGGAGGCAUGGUACUGGUUGAGGCUUGAAGAGGAGACUGAAGAAGAGGAAGAGGAAGAAAAAGAACAGGAUGAAGAUGAAUAUACGAGUGAAGAUUUAAGUGUACUGGAAAAAUUACAAAUACUGACUAGUUAUUUAAGACAAGAACAUCUAUAUUGUAUUUGGUGUGGAACAGCCUAUGAAGAUAAAGAAGACCUAUCUUCAAAUUGCCCAGGACCAACUUCUGCAGAUCAUGACUAAGGUUAUUCCCAAUAAAGUGGAAACUUGAAAAAUGUCAUUGUUUUCUAGAGGUAGACAUUUCAGCAGUUAGAAAUCCCAAAUUGUUUAUGCCAGUAAAGAAAGAGGGCCUUUACAUGUUUUGUUCUUUUUGUACUUUAGAAGUCCAUACUUUGUACUUUAGAAAAUAAUCGCUCAUUGACUUAAAGAAUAAUGCAAUGCUAUUUGAGAACACAAGUGUCAUAGACAUGUACAGUUACAAUUCAUAGCUGCAUUGUGAUGCUUAUGAGGUUUAAGAACACCAGCAACUAACUCUGUUAUCCUUUCUUCAUUUUGGAACAAAGUGAGAAAUAAGACAUGAGAGUCAGAGGAA